GACGAGUGUCGGAACUUCAUGAAGGUUUUGCUGAGUCGACAAGGAGGUCUGUUUGUAUGUGGGACUAACGCCUUCAAUCCGCUGUGUGCCAACUAUACUGUGAGUACCUAUAGAACGCACGUACACACACACUAUCUCUCUUACUCAAACAGCAGUCAUUACUGCUUUGGGAAGCUGAGCACAUCUCUACCUGUCAGCAGUCCAGCCAUGCAUCAAAGUUUAAUGAUUGGUGCGUCAUUGAUAAAUGGACUCUGAUUUUUCUUGGAACCUAGAGCUCACUCACAAACACGAUUAAGCAUAUUGCUUACUCGCACAUUUACAACUUAUUUGCCUCAUUUGUUCAAUACCUAAGGCAGAGAGAGAGGGAGGCCCUUAGAGAGGCAACAAAGCCCUGCUUUCCUCAGAUAUCAGUAGCUAUUGCACCAUGCUUACACUUGUAUGUGGAGCUUACAGAUGAUCAGAGUUCAGAGGCAAGGGCUGGGAGAGUGUCAGCCAGGACUGAGGAGGAGGCUGUGCUUAUGAUGUGUCUGGGUAAUUCGUUUCUUCCCCUCUGGUGAAACCCAGGCAUGCCAGUUAGAAGGAAAACGCUAAGUGGUUGCACUGCUCAUGUACUUGGAGCUGCUCACCACCCGAAACACACUCUGUCCUGAAAGAGCACACCUCAGACCUACCCAUUUACCUGCUCCAUAUUACAACCACAUCCUUGCUCUGUCAAUCAGACUAACCACUUGAAAAACCUCAGGAAAAAGUGUGCAUAAAUAUGAAUCAUUUGCUCAGUCGAUUUCUCAACGUUCCUCCAGAAUAUCUAUUAGCAGAGUGAAAGGAGGAGGUGGAUGGGGGGGAUCCAGUUUCACUAUCAAAGGCUUUCAGAUAAGUGAUAUGUUCAGUCUGUCACAUCUCCAACAUACCAGCACACUGACUCCCUCCUCUAUACCUGGCCCAUUAUCUCUGGCUGUUAAUGACACUAAGCAGUGAAACCUGCGCUGGGCUGAUGUGCUCAGGGCUUCUCCUGGGACUAGUUAGCAAACCUAGGGUUUAUUUAUAGCUGGUUUUAAUGACAACCACAGUAUUUCAUUUAUUUAAUUCAUUUUCAAUCAGGGAUGGUGUGUCUGUGUGACGAUUUCGACUGUGGUUGUUUAGCUGCAUGCGUUUCAAAAGGUUGCGUUUGUGUGUAUUUGUGUCAUUUGCAUAAUUGCAGAGGGUGAAUAAUAAUAUUGUGAAUAUUUUAUAAUAUAUGCUAAUUUCCAUACUCUGUGGGCAUGUACAGGUAACUGCCAAAAUAAAGGAAACACUUCAGUAAAUGUGGGAUAGAAAGUAUAUUGAAAGCAGGUGUUUCCACACAGGUGUGGUUCCUGAGUUAUUUAAGCAAUUAACAUCCCAUCAUGCAUAGGGUCAUGUAUAACAAUUUUGGGCAGGCCAUUAUUUUGGCCAUUAUUUUGGCUACCAUGGCUAUGCCCCAAUAGGAUGACAAUGAUCCCAUCCACAGGGCACGUGUGGUCACUGAAUGGUUUAAUGAGCAUGAAAAUUAUGUAAACCAUAUGCUAUGGCCGUCUCAGUCACCAGAUCUCAACCCAAUUGAACACUUAUGAGAGAUUCUGGAGUGGCGCCUCAGACAGCGUUUUCCACCAUAGAGUUCCAGACACUUGUAGAAUCUAUGACAUGCAUUGAAGCUGUUCUGGCUCGUGGUGGCCCAAUGCCCUAUUAAGACACUUUAUGUUGGUGUUUCCUUUAUUUUGGCAGUUACCUGUAUGUUUACUGCAUGUGAAGGUGAAUUUCACUCAAUGUUUUCCAGCAACAUUAUACAGUAUAGUGAGAUAUUUGUGUUUGUGUGUGUGUUUUCCAGGGAGACACUCUGGAGAUGGUGGGAGAGACAGUCAGUGGGAUGGCCCGCUGUCCCUAUGACCCUAAACACGCCAACGUGGCUCUGUUCGCAGGUGAGGAAACACUCAUUGUUUUAAACACCUCAUUGUGUAGCUGCAGUAGUUCCCCAUCAUCACAUAAUCUAUGGCCGUGGUUGAAACAAUAGGAAGCCUUUAUUUCACAUUACUGAGCAGUAGAAAUAGAGGGAUUUGUCCACUGUGCACUAGAGGCUCUGUUGCGCCACUGUAAUUAUCUCUAAUGUACUCAUACAUUGUUCAUUGGUCAACAGUUGUAUGAUUUGAUUUGUGUAAUGUAAUGUCACUUUACACUAUACACUAUACACACUACCUUCUGCAAUGAUCUAUGCUGUGAUAUGAGCUGUUACUGUCUCAAUUUCCCAUUGUAACUGACUGUGUGUGUGUUUUGCCAGAGGGGAAUCUGUUUACGGCCACUGUGACGGACUUCCUGGCGAUAGACGCUGUGAUCUACCGUAGCCUGGGGGACAGUCCUGCACUCCGCACAGUCAAACACGACUCCAAAUGGUUCAGAGGUACUUCCCUGUGUAUUUAUUUGUGUGCGUGUGUGUGUGUUUGCAUCUGUGUGUGUAUGUGUGCGGCUGCUGUGUGUAUUUGUUUGUAUUUGUGUGUGUGUUGCCUCUGUUGUUAGAAGGCUCUGUUUAUGUCUACAUCACUUACUAUCAGGAUCAAUAUCUGUGUCAGACUCACUACAUUGCCUUAGUCAGCAGCAUCCCUGCUGAGGUCAGAGGAUCCAGGGCUGAGGGCUCAGGUCUGCUCUGUGUCUGUAUGUGGCUGCAUUGCUUGCUGUUUUGGGGUUUUAGGCUGGGUUUCUGUAUAGCACUUUGUGACAUCUGCUGAUGUAAAAAGGGCUUUAUAAAUAAAGUUUGAUUGAUUGAUGGCCUGAGUACAGUGCCUUGCUAAAGUAUUCAUCCCCUUGGCGUUUUUCCUAUUUUGUUGCAUUACAACCUGUAAUUUAAAUGGAUUGUUAUUUGGAUUUCAUGUAACGGAUAUACACAAAAUAGUCCAAAUUGGUGAAGUGAAAUGAAAAAAAUAACUAGUUUCAAAGAAUUCUAAAAAAUAUAUAACGGAAAAGUGUUAGCUUCAGUCAUACAAAAAUUAUACUUAAAUCCAAACUGGUUCUCUAGCAAACUAGUAAGAUUGUCUCACCCAAUGUUCAAGAAGGGACUUUUUCCCUUUAUUCAGAUUACAACCCCUCACUUUCAGGUAUUUGAAAAGGAAAUAAUCUCCCAAAUAUCACUAUUUCUAAAACAAGCCAUAGAAAGUUGGUUGCAAUUUCUAUUUAAUCCUCCAGAAAUUACAGAACAAAUAUUGCAACAAAUAUUGUGGUUAAACUCAAAUAUACUAAUUGAUAAAAAACGGUUCUUUUUUUAGAAAAUGUUUAAAAAAGGUAUAAUCUUCGUAAAUGAUAUUAUCGGUAGGAAUGGUGGAGUUAUGUCGCACAUGCAGCUUACAAAAACAUAUGGAAAUGUCUGCUCUACCCAAAAUUACAACCAAAUAAUUGCAGCAUUACCGCAAAAAUGGAAGAGGAAAGUGGAAGGAGGAAAAAGUAAGGAACUUGUCUGUCGGCCUUGCAUUAAAGAACAUAAUUGGUUAAAGAAAAUUGUGAUAAAUAAAAAGGUUUACCAGUUACAUUUAAGGACCAAAAGAUUGACAGCCGUCCCAUAUAGAUUGCAAAAUAGUUGGGAAGAGAUUUUUGACGUACCGAUUCCAUGGCAUAGUGUUUAUGAACUGAUACGCAAAACGACGCUGGAUUCAAAAUUUAGAAUUUUUCAAUUUAAAUUAUUAUAUAAAAUUCUUGCUACCAAUAUAAUGUUAUUUGUAUGGGGGAUACAAUCUUCCCAGCUCUGCAGAUUUGGCUGUGAAGAGACAGAAUCAUUAGAUCAUUUGUUUUGGUACUGUCCAUUUGUAGCUUGUUUCUGGACACAGGUCCAGGAAUGGCUGAAGGAUUGCAAUAUUUGCAUGGAACUGAUCCUGCAGAUAUCACUACUGGGUGAUCUGAAAAGUCAUAGUCAAUCGAUCAAUAAUAUAAUAAUACUUUUAGCAAAGAUGUUUAUUUUCAAUUCACAAACUGUAGAAACAAUGACAAUAGAAAGGUUCAGAACUUUUGUAAAACAUCACAGUACAGUUGAAAAAUAUAUGGCAAAUAGAAAUCCAAUAUGGAUGGUGUUAAGAGAUAGAUGGGAGGUGUUGAAUGGAGCUGAAGGAUGGGACUAAUAACAACAACUAAUAACAACAAGAUAACUAGUGUAAGACAUGCUGUGUCCAUAAUAAGUAUAUAGGUUAUAUAUUGUGAGCUUUUGUGAAAGAGCACAGUUAGAAAGAUAUGGCAUGAAAAUGAUCGGAGGAAGUUCAGGAGUAAAAACAAACAAAAUAUAAUUAGUGUCUGUGUCCAUAAAAUGUAUAUAGUAUGUAUAAGCAUGAAGUAGAGGCUUAAGCAUUGUUGUUCGCUAGUUUACUCCAAUUAGGGAGGGGAUGGUGGGGUUGGAAAGUAAUAAAGGGAAAUAUAUAUAUAUUUUAAAGGAUAUGUAUGUAUGUAUAUAUAUAUAUAUAUAUAUAUAUAUAUGUAUGUAUAUAUAUAUAUAUAUGUGUAUGUAUGUAUAAAUGUACAGUAUCUCACAAAAGUGAGUACACCCCUCACAUUUUUGUAAAUAUUUGAGUAUAUCUUUUCAUGUGACAACACUGAAGAAAUGACACUUUGCUACAAUGUAAAGUAGUGAGUGUACAGCUUGUAUAACAGUGUACAUUUGCUGUCCCCUCAAAAUAACACAACACACAGCCAUUAAUGUCUAAAUCGCUGGCAACAAAAGUGAGUACACCCCUAAGUGAAAAUGUCCAAAUUGGACCCAAAGUGUCAAUAUUUUGUGUGGCCACCAUCAUUUUCCAGCACUGCCUUAACCCUCUUGGGCAUGGAGUUCACCAGAGCUUCACAGGUUGCCACUGGAGUCCUCUUCCACUCCUCCAUGACGGUGGAUGUUAGAGACCUUGCACUCCUCCACCUUCCGUUUGAGGAUGCCCCACAGAUGCUCAAUAGGGUUUAGGUCUGGAGACAUGCUUGGCCAGUCCAUCACCUUUACCCUCAGCUUCUUUAGCAAGGCAGUGGUUGUCUUGGAGGUGUGUUUGAGGUCGUUAUCAUGUUGGAAUAUUGCCCUGCGGCCCAGUCUCCGAAGGGAGGGGAUCAUGCUCUGCUUCAGUAUGUCACAGUACAUGUUGGCAUUCACGGUUCCCUCAAUGAACUGUAGCUCCCCAGUGCCAGCAGCACUCAUGCAGCCCCAGACCAUGACACUCCCACCACCAUGCUUGACUGUAGUCAAGACACACUUGUCUUUGUACUCCUCACCUGGUUGCCGCCACACACGCUUGACACCAUCUGAACCAAAUAAGUUUAUCUUGGUCUCAUCAGACCACAGGACAUGAUUCCAGUAAUCCAUGUCCUUCGUCUGCUUGUCUUCAGCAAACUGUUUGCGGGCUUUCUUGUGCAUUAUCUUUAGAAGAGGCUUCCUUCUGGGACGACAGCCAUGCAGACCAAUUUUAUGCAGUGUGAGGCGUAUGGUCUGAGCACUGACAGGCUGACCCCCCACCCAUUUCAACCUCUGCAGCAAUGCUGGCAGCACUCAUACGUCUAUUUCCCAAAGACAACCUUAUAUGACGCUGAGCAUGUGCACUCAACUUCUUUGGUCGACCAUGGCGAGGCCUGUUCUGAGUGGAACCUGUCCUGUUAAACCGCUGUAUGGUCUUGGCCACCGUGCUGCAGCUCAGUUUCAGGGUCUUGGCAAUGUUCUUAUAGCCCAGGCCAUCUUUAUGUAUAGCAACACUUAUUUUUUUCAGAUCCUCAGAGAGUUCUUUGCCAUGAGGUGCCAUGUUGAACUUCCAGUGACCCGUAUGAGGGAGUGUGAGAGCGAUGACACCAAAUUUAACACACCUGCUCCCCAUUCACACCUGAGACCUUGUAACACUAACGAGUCACAUGACACCGGGGAGGGAAAAUGGCUAAUUGGGCCCAAUUUGGAAAUUUUCACAUAGGGGUGUACUCACUUUUGUUGCCAGUGGUUUAGACAUUAAUGGCUGUGUGUAGAGUUAUUUUGAGGGGACAGCAAAUGUACACUGUUAUACAAGCUGUACACUCACUACUUUACAUUGUAGCAAAGUGUCAUUUCUUCAGUGUUGUCACAUGAAAAGAUAUAAUCAAAUAUUUACAAAAAUGUGAGGGGUGUACUCACUUUUGUGAGAUACUGUAUAUAUAUAUAAAAACAUAUGGGAGAUUGGAAGUGAUGCAGACAAUUACAUUGGUGGAAGUUACAAUCUAUCUGCAAUAUUAAAGCUGAUCUACCCCCUAAAAAAAAAAAAUACGGAAAAGUUGUGCGUGCAUAUGUAUUCACCCCCUUUGCUAUGAAGCCCCUAAAUAAGAUCUGGUGCAACCAAUUACCUUCAGAAGUCACAUAAUUAGUUAAAUAAAGUCCACCUGUGUACAAUCUAAGUGUCACAUGAUCUCAGUAUAUAUACACCUGUUCUGAAAGGCCCCAGUGUCUGCAACACCACUAAGCAAGGGGCACCACCAAGCAAGCGGCACCAUGAAGAUCAAGGAGCUCUCCAAACAGGUCAGGGACAAAGUUGUGGAGAAGUACAGAUCAGGGUUGGGUUAUAAAACAAUAUCUGAAACUUUGAACAUCCCACGGAGCACCAUUAAAUCCAUUAUUAAAAUAUGGCACCACAACAAACCUGCCAAGAGAGGGCCGCCCACCAAAACUCACGGACCAGGCAAGGAGGGCAUUAAUCAGAGAGGCAACAAAGAGACCAAAGAUAACUCUGAAGGAGCUGCAAAGCUCCACAGCAGAGAUUGGAGUAUCUGUCCAUAGGACCACUUUAAGCCGUACACGCCACAGAGCUGGGCUUUACGGAAUAGUGGCCAGAAAAAAGCCAUUGCCAUAAGCAAACACGUUUGGUGUUCACCAAAAGGCAUAUGGGAGACUCCCCAAACAUAUGGAAGAAGGUACUCUGGUCAGAUUAGACUAAAAUUGAGCUUUUUGGCCAUCAAGGAAAACGCUAUGUCUGGCACAAACCCAACACCUCUCAUCACCCCGAGAACACCAUCCCCACAGUGAAGCAUGGUGGUGGCAGCAUGCUGUUUUUCAUCGGCAGGGACUGGGAAACUGGUCAGAAUUAAAGGAAUGAUGGAUGGCGCUAAAUACAGGGAAAUUCUUGAGGGAAACCUGUUUCAGUCUUCCAGAUAUUUGAGACUGGUGUGAUGAGGUGUGAAUGACAGAGUCAGGCGCAGGAGGUAAAACACAGAAAUCCAGAGUUUAUUCAGUGUACAAGAAUAAAGCGCAGCAAGCGUCAAAACGAAACUAGCACAAGGGAAAAAUCCACCUUGGCUACAUACAAGGAAAGAGUAGCUCAACCGAGCUACUCACUCUCACAAUGAACAAUCACUCACAAAGGACAAGGGGGCAGAGGGAACACUUAUACACAUACUAAUGAGGGAAUGAGUACCAGGUGUGUGUGAUUGACAAGACAAGACAAGACAAAUUGAGUGAUGAUAAAUGGAGCAGUAGUGGCUAGUAAGCCGGUGACGACGAACGCCGAAACCUGCCUGAGCAAGGAGGAGGGGCAGCCUCGGCUGAAUUCGUGACAACUGGGACGGAGGUUCACCUUCCAGCAGGACAAUGACCCUAAGCAUACUACUAAAGCAACACUCGAGGGGUUUAAGGGGAAACAUUAACAUUUAAAGAUUGCUGUACACCAGCGGAACCCAUCCAACUUGAAGGAGCUGGAGCAGUUUUGCCUUGAAGAAUGGGCCAAAAUCCCAGUGGCUAGAUGUGCUAAGCUUAUAGAGACAUACCCCAAGAGACUUGCAGCUGUAAUUGCUGCAAAAGGUGGCUCUACAAAGCAUUGACUUUGGGGGGGGUGAAUAGUUAUGCAAGCUCAAAUUUUCUGUUUUUUUGUCUUAUUUCUUGUUUGUUUCACAAAAAAAAGUAUUUUGCAUCUUCAAAGUGGUAGGCAUGUUGUGUAAAUCAAAUGAUACAACCUCCCAAAAAAUCCAUUUUAUUUCCAGGUCGUAAGGCAACAAAAUAAGAAAAAUGCCAAGGGGGGUGAAUACUUUUGCAAGCCACUGUAGUAUUCAGUAGGCACCAAACAAGAACAGGUUUUUGAAACUGACAACGAAAAUGAGCCUUCUCAAUUUAAAAAAAAAUCUCAAAUGGUAUGCCUACUGUGGUCCUCUGUAGCUCAGCUGGUAGAGCACGGCGCUUGUAACGCCAAGGAAGUGGGUUCGAUCCCCGGGACCACCCAUACACAAAAAAUUUUUAUGCAUGCAUGACUGUAAGUCGCUUUGGAUAAAAGCGUCUGCUAAAUAUUAUAUUAUUAUUAUACUUAACAACGCUGGUGUUUGUGGCUGGGAUUAGGGAGGCAUCUAACUCUGUCUCUUACAGCUCUAUGGGGAUGUGUUUGUUCAAGCCACUAUCGCUGUGUAACAUGGUCCUCUCCCCUCCUUUCCAGAGCCCUAUUUUGUCAGUUCAGUGGAAUGGGGUCCUCACAUCUACUUCUUCUUCAGAGAGAUGGCCAUGGAGUUUAACUACCUGGAGAAGGUACGAGACAAAAUGGUAAAGCUUUGGACACACCCCUCUGUGUCGUGUGUCUGCCUGCCUGGAUGUUCCAUCUCAUGUUAUUAUUCAAAUGUCAAUACCAGCCUAGUACUUCUGAUGACCUUUUUCCCUGUAUCUGUGUUUCUGUGUAUCUGUGUGUCUGUGCUGUUGCAUAUCUAGACGGGGAAAAGCUUUUUCAUAACCACUCCAAAUGGCAUCAGUCAUAUCAGAGUGGGGAUACGUGCUCAUGCAAAAAAUAUGACAGUAACAAGAAGCCUUUUUAUCUAAUAAAUUAGCAAUUCACAUUUGGUGGAAAUGUGCUAGCGCAGGCAUUUCAUGCUGCAUGUUUGUAGGGCUCACAGUAAGUGGAGACUUACACUGUACCACGGUAGUUUGGGUUGAGAUUGUUCAAAGAAGCAGUUUUCAAAUGCACUGACAUUUUCAUGAGAUCACCCAAGGGCUAAAAAGGUUUUUAUCUUCAUUUUGAACGAUUGUUUAUUGUGGUAUAAAACAUAAUAAAACAUAAUUCUGACUUAAAUCUAUCAGUCUUUAUUAUACAUUCUCCAUGAAUAUGAGCCCAUGAAUAUGGCAACCACUAAAUCUUAUGUGUGAAAUAUGUGCACUUCAAACUGUCCCAGCGCGGAAAACUCUGUACAUAGUCAUUGAUGUGUAGAAUUGUGCGAGGUCAUUGACUGUUCUGUCUGUUCCACGUGCUUGCGUGCACGUGUGUUCAGGUACAGGUGUCUCGGGUGGCGAGGGUGUGUAAGGGGGACCUGGGUGGCUCUCAGAGGGUGUUGGAGAAGCAGUGGACAUCGUUCCUGAAGGCCAGACUGAACUGCUCCGUCCCUGGAGACUCCCACUUCUACUUCAACCUGCUCCACUCCACCAGCCCUGUCAUCAGGAUGCACGGCAGGGACAUCAUCCUGGGAGUCUUCUCCACCCCCACCAACAGGUACACACAGACACACACAGACAGACAGCUCCCUGAAAAGUGGGAGAUGGUCAGGGCUUAUGGGGGAAGAUACAGUUCUCGAUUAGACGGGACACAUUUAUUCGCCACAUGCGUUUGCUUUUAAAGAGGAAGAAAGUUGUUAUGUUAACAGAUUGGAGUGAUGAAGUAGAAAGAAAAGGAAUGAGGGAUGCUGCUGGGUAAGAGGAGGAUUAGAUGAGGCUGAAGAUGGUUGCAGAGAAAGCAUGAGAGAGCACAAUAAACAGACUGAACAACGCAAGGGAGGAGAGGAAAGAUGAGGGUGGGUCCCCUGAGCUGCAGUGUGCGUGCGUGCGUGUGUGAGCGGGCGCCUAUACACACGCAUGAAUAUGUGCCUCCUGUGUUAUAUACUGUAUAUAAUGCUGAAGUUUCAGGCUAUCACGUGAGAGUAGUAGUGUGUGUGUGCGGUGAAUGCAGAGCCGACUCUAAUAGGGAAUCGACGCAGGUCUCCCAUGCAGAUGAGCCAGCAGGAUGCCUAUCAGCAGAGGGCAAACCUCAACUAAUGCCAGCUCUAAUAACAUCCUCUACUCAUAAUGGCUGCUGUUGUGGCAGCCAGGAGAGGAAGAGAGGGAGGAGGGAGAGAAGAGAGAGAGUGGAGGAAGACCCUCUCAAACCCGUUCAAGGACAAAGAAGUCAAUAAUGGGACACAUCUGCAGCGCUACCCCCACCCCCUCGCCACCCUUUAAGAGUUAAAACUGUUUAAUCAGCUGCAUCUUAUCUUUGGGCCGGAGGGCUGGGAGGGCUGGGAGAGGGAUGGGGGCUAGAUGGGAGCGGUGCACCUGCAGAGUGAGAUGGAUGGUUUACACAGGGCCAACAACAGCUCCCAGAUAACAGUGUGACCAGCAUGUCAGGGAGAGGCCCAGCUGAACACACACUACCUGCCUAGGCACCGCACCGCCGCUGUGCUCCAUUAUAAAUCAGAGAGCGAGAGAGAGAGAGAGAUGGAGGAGAGAGGGAGGAGAGAGGGAGGAGAGAGACAGAGAGGUACGCCGUAAACCUCCCCAACCCUGUGUGAUCCGCUGCACCGUACAUUUAAAGCUCUUACCAGACAUAUUGCUUUUGCUGGUUGAGUGUGGUGAGCACAGCAGGGAAGAGGGUUUGGGAAAUCUGGAGUGGUCAUUUUGAGAUAGUGUAUCAUCAUGUGUGCACAUUUGCUACCAGUGUGUGAAUUGUGGAAAAAGAGCUCUGGUUUAAUAGUUUCCCACCAGCAUCUCUUGAUGUUUGCUUGUUAUUAUUUAUUUUCUCAUGCCUACAAUUCAGGAUAGAGUUUACAGCCUCAUGAAGCUUUCUGGUCUAUGUCGUUAGCUAGCUAGCCUAGCAACUACACCAAAUCCUCCUUGGUUGACUGGUUGACAGUUCAGUGUGUCCACCUUUUCUACCCCUGGUCUUUCCUGUCUGAGGGGAUGAACGGGAGGCUUGUGUUUCCUCUGAGCACCUGAUCCUCCUCACUGCACAGUCCAGCCAAACCUCCCAGAGCUGCAGGAGGUCAGGGAGCUAGAGGAGCAGUGGAGGCUAUGAGAGGAGGAUAUGAGAGAGCCUCUGAGCCUGCAGGUAAAAGGGAGGGGUGCUUUUUAUAGCAGCAGGAUAGAGAGACAGACUGUUUGAGAAGAUAAGAUGGAGGUGAGCCAAGCCCGGCUAGGCUAGGCUAUGCUAUACACUAGCCUGGGGCUAGGCUACUAGGCUACUGGGCUAGGUGGGCUUAGCAGUACUAGACAUGGCCUGACCGGAUGGUGCCUGGGCCUCGGCUGGAGAAGUUCCCCCAGGGGAAGUGCAGGGCUCUGGGGUGAGUUAGACGCUUACACUGCUUUUUGUUUAGCAAAAGGCGGCACCGAGGGUCCAACGCUGAGUACAGAGCCCUCAGCGCACUGUGGGCUACAAUAGCCUACCUCGAGUUUCCCUCUAUAUUGCGUGUUUGUGUUUAUGAGUCUGUUAUUAAAGGAUGUAAAACAAUGUUGUGUAUGAAUUACAGGGGGCAGUUUGGAAAUACGAAUCCCGUUCGAAACAUCCUCGCUUUCUCUGUUAAAUCUUACUAGAUGCUGUUUUAAAUCAAGCAGGCAAUAGCAGAUGACCAACAUCAAUUUAGGGAUAUUUACUAACUGUCCCGCUGAUGGCCCAUCAGGUGUCGAUGGGGGUUCUUAAAGUAUUCAGAUGAUUGAUUAGAAUUAAUCUUUCAGAACAUGCACGCCUAGUCUACUGGUCAAUCACCACACCGUUAUCUGGACACUUUCCUACCUGUGCAGGUCAAUCACUAUUGAUAAUAAGAUUAUAUUGCAAAUGUAAUGAAAAUAAAUGAUUUCCAGGUUAAAAUAGCUUUUCUCUCAGUUUCUUUGUUUCUUCUUGACUAAUGAAUAUGUGCACGUUUGUUAUGUAUUAAUACAUGUAUUAUAAGGCUUACGGAUUAGGCUAGUACAUUUUUCACAAGCCUGUUUUAUUCUGUCUACAAGGAAGGCAAUGAAAGGAGCGAAUAUGCUUCCUGUUCAAUCACAUGUAGCUCAGAUCAUUUUUUAUAGACAAAGAUAUAGUAUAGCCUGUUUUUGGCCAGCCGGGGCGCACCAGCCAGCUGUGUGUGCGUGCGGACAAAAGAGUCGCCUACGAAGGAGUUCCGCUUCUUCUGCAGCAUUCGCUGUCAAAUAUAACACUUUGCGGUGGUGCUUCGGAGUUAGUCAGAGCAGAGGGCCCUCUGGAGACCCAGACUCAUAGGAGCCAUUAGGAUGAUAUGGUGUCAGAGGGAGGCAUCUCCAGUUGACGGGGGAGCAGUGAGGCAGUGACACCAGGGAGAUGUGGUGGGAGUCACAGCUGGAUACCUCCCCUGGGCCCUGGGUUGAGGUAGGAGCUGAAUACACACUUGGGCCUUACCAGGUGGAGAGACAGAGAGAGGUGGAGAGACAGAGAGAGGUGGAGAGAGCAGAGAGGUGGAGAGACAGAGAGAGGUGGAGAGACAGAGAGAGGUGGAGAGACAGAGAGAGGUGGAGAGACAGAGAGAGGUGGAGAGACAGAGAGAGGUGGAAAGACAGAGAGCGGUGGAGAGACAGAGAGAGGUGGAGAGACAGAGAGAGGUGGAAAGACAGAGAGAGGUGGAGAGACAGAGAGAGGUGGAGAGACACAUAGGUGGAGAGACAGAGAGAGGUGGAGAGACAGAGAGGUGGAGAGACAGAGAGAGGUGGAGAGAGCAGAGAGGUGGAGAGACAGAGAGAGGUGGAGAGACAGAGAGAGGUGGAAAGACAGAAAGAUGUGGUCAGAAAUGUCAAAGAAGGUAAAUGUGCAGAGAGGGGAGAUGGAGAUGGAAGAGACGUAACAUUUAUAAAGACCCAGGUGGAGAGAGUAGAAAAUACCUUGACCUAGACUGAAGAACUCAUUCCCCUCCACUAGCCUCCAUCAGCUGUCAUGCUGUCACCGGAGCUGGGCUAUAGAGAGCUGUCAGUCUGCUGGUUAAACUGUGAGGAUUUGGUCUGACCCCUCCAUCAGACUCCUACAGCCUCCUACAGUCUGUACUGACUGUCAGUCAACCCUCAACUCACUGCACAUCAAGAGAGAGUGAGAGAGAGCAGAGAAAAACUAGAGACAAAUUUGAACGACCUUUAUUUGCACAAUUCAACGUCUGUACAUAGCCAAACUGAUGCCAAAUCAUUUCAAACAAAUGAGCAAAGAGAGAUCAGAAGAGAAACGGCAGAGAUGCAGAGAUGAAGGAGAGAGGGGAUGAAAGGGAGAGGGAGAGGGAGAAUGCGGGAGCGAGCUAGAAAGAGCAGGGAGGACAGAGAAAUUGAACAGGUAGAGAAGAAGAAGAGGACAGAAUACAGAAAGAUAGAGGCAGAGGCAGAGUAGGCUGUCAGACAGAUGGAGAGAGGUUGACCUGGUCAAAUUAUGUAUUAGGUUACCAUGCCACCCUGCUGGAAAAAGCCUCUGGUUUCUCUGCAGAGAGAGGCAAAUCUCAAACAGUUUAUCCAAACAAACAGUUCUCAGAGGAUCCCUAGAUACCUACUCCAACAGGCCUAGGGGCACAGGGGCAGCUCAGGGAGAGAGCCCAUAAGCCCAUCUGUCGGUUUGUGUCAAGACCUGAGCACAGGCACUACUUGACCUUAACACUGGAGUAAUGGAGUGUUGGAGUGAGUAGGAAAGUGAGAGUGAGAGAGACUUUCUCUCUGUUGCUUUCUCUCUAGCUUUCUCUCCCUCUCUCUGCGGUGCUCUCUCACUUUCUCACUUUCUCUCCCUCUCUGCACCUCUGCAACUCUCUCUCUCAUUCUCUCUCACCCCCCCCUCUCUCAGGAAGUAGUGUCAGAGUUAGGAAAGGGGAAGGGAGUAGGCGUGAAGUGCCCGGCAGACACUGAAUCACUCCCUAAGGUUCACUUUGUGCUGUACCAGAGAAGUCCUAGUCACUCAACAGACUCACACAACUUAGCAAAAACAUGAGGUCUCAAAGGGAAGAGAAGCUCUCGGAGCAGGAGACAAGAGAGAAAGAGAGGCGCUAGUAUUCACCCCCUGCUGUCCUGACAUGGCUCUUUCUCUCCAUCUCUCUGGUUUACACCUCCAUUAACUACUACACUUGACACUACAGUAACAGUAUUGUAGCGCUUGGUUCAGUCAAGUGUGGGGACUUAGCUUAUUUUCACAGCAGAUGUUCCAUUCUGGGUCAGUAAGUUCAAUAGGAGUUUAGCAGCAGCCAAGGUGUGCAAGCAUUUUACUGGAACAUGUUGUGUUGUCUCUACAGUAUUUCCUCUGAGUAUUUCCUCAUUUGUUGACUACUUAUUUCUUGUAUAUUCCCGGAUUCUAAGACAAAACUUAAAUUUUGUAUGCCAACUUCAAUGUCAUUCAGGAUAUAACCUUUAUAGUCCAUUUAUAUUUUGUCCAGUGCUGGUUAUCUAUCUAUCCACCCCUGCCUUAUCCAUUGUACAGUUGAAGUCGGAAGUUUACAUACACUUAGGUUGGAGUCAUUAAAACUAGUUUUUCAACCACUCCACACAUUUUUUUGUUAACAAACUAUGGUUUUGUCAAGUCGGUUAGGACAUCUACUUUGUGCAUGACACAAGUACUUUUUCCAACAAUUGUUUACAGACAGAUUAUUUCACUUAUAAUUCACUGUAUCACAACUGCAGUGGGUCAGAAGUUUACAUACACUAAGUUGACUGUGUCAUGGCGUCAGAAGCUUCUGAUAGGCUAGUUGACAUAAUUUGAGUCAAUUGGAGGUGUAUUUGUGGAUGUAUUUCAAGGCCUACCUUCAAACUCAGUGCCUCUUUGCUUGACAUCAUGGGAAAAUCAAAAGAAAUCAGCCAAGACCUCAGAUUUUUUUUUGUAGACCUCCACAAGUCUGGUUCAUCCUUGGGAGCAAUUUCCAAACGCCUGAAGAUACCACGUUCAUCUGUACAAACAAUAGUACGCAAGUAUCAACACCAUGGGACCACGCAGCCGUCAUACCGCUCAGGAAGGAGACACGUUCUGUCUCCUAGAGAGGAACGUACUUUGGUGCGAAAAGUGCAAAUCAAUCCCAGAACAACAGCGAAGGACCUUGUGAAGAUACUGGAGGAAACAGGUACAAAAGUAUCUAUAUCCACAGUAAAACGAGUCCUAUAUCGACAUAACCUGAAAGGUCGCUGAGCAAGGAAGAAGCCACUGCUCCAAAACCGCCAUAAAAAGCCAGACUAUGGUUUGCAACUGCACAUGGGGACAAAGAUCGUACUUUUUGGAGAAAUGUCCUCUGGUCUGAUGAAACAAAAAUAGAACUGUUUGGCCAUAAUGACCAUCGUUAUGUUUGGCGGAAAAAGGGUCAGGCUUGCAAGCCGAAGAACACCAUCCCAACCGUGAAGCAUGGGGGUGGCAGUAUCAUGCUGUGGAGGUGCUUUGCUGCAGGAGGGACUGGUGUACUUCACAAAACAGAUGGCAUCAUGAGGAAGGAAAAUGAUGUGGAUAUAUUGAAGCAACAUCUCAAGACAUCAGUCAGGAAGUUAAAGCUUGGUCGCAAAUGGGUCUUCCAAAUGGACAAUGACCCCAAGUAUACUUACAACGUUGUGGCAAAAUGGCUUAAGGACAACAAAGUCAAGGUAUUGGAGUGGCCAUCACAAAGCCCUGACCUCAAUCCUAUAGAGAAUUUGUGGGCAGAACUGAAAAAGCAUGUGCGAGCAAGGAGGCCUACAAAUCUGACUCAGUUAUACCAGCUCUGUCAGGAGGAAUGGGCCAAAAUUAAUCAAAUUUAUUGUGGGAAGCUUGUGGAAGGCUACCCGAAACGUUUGACCCAAAUUAAACAAUUUAAAGGCAAUGCUACCAAAUACGAAUUGAGUGUAUGUAAACUUCUGACCCACUGGGAAUGAUGAAAGAAAUAAAAGCUGACAUAAAUCAUUCUCUCUACUAUUAUUCUGACAUUUCACAUUCUUAAAAUAAAGUGGUGAUCCUAACUGACCUAAGACAGGGAAUUUUUAGUAGGAUUAAAUGUCAGGAAUUGUGAAAAACUGAGUUUAAAUGUAUUUGGCUAAGGUGUAUGUACAUUUCCAACUUCAACUGUAUGUGGUUCUUUCUCUGUAGUAUCCCUGGUUCAGCUGUGUGUGCUUUCGACAUGGAGCAGCUAGCUGGGGUGUUUGAUGGGAGAUUCAAGGAGCAGAAGUCACCUGAGUCUAUAUGGACCCCUGUUCCUGACGAGCUCAUUCCCAAACCAAGGUAUAGUAUUGCCUUGCCUGGCAAUAAUCUCCUGGCCCAUAUUUAUGUACUUUAUGUGAGUCUAAAGUGGAAGAGUGUAAGACACCAUUAGCUGUCCACAGAUAACACUGAAAAUGUCAGCCUGUGCCUCAGUAUGAGUGAGCCUGUGCUAAACCCUGUGUUUCGCCCUCCUCCAACAGGCCAGGGGGCUGUGCUGUGCAGGGCUCCAGGUUCAACUCAUCAAAUGGUUUCCCUGAUGAGAUGUUGAACUUUGUGAAGACCCACCCCCUGAUGGACGAGGCCGUGCCAUCACUGGGACAGAGGCCCUGGAUCGUCAGGACCAUGGUCAGGUGAGGCUCUGUGAUCGCAUCUGGGGACAUCACAGACGCACAACUAGAAAACCUUUCACACACAUCCUGUGCUGUUUCCCUGAGACAUGUAUACUUCUAUGGCUUCUUAUCAUUAGACACCAUAGGAGUCUACUGCCAUGUCUCAGGGCAAACGCAUACACUCAGACAUAUUUGCAUGAACACACAUUAGCCUCUGGGCUGGUGCUCCUUCUGUUUAUGCCAGUCGGUUGAUCCGCUCGCUGUGAGAAUUUGCUGCAGGAGACAAGCAGCUGGGAUGCAUCAAACUACAAUGGCCACCAGCCGAGCCUGAGCAGGGAGGAGACUAUUACUGUGACAAGUUGUAUGUGGAAUAUUAAAUACCCAGUGGAACGACUUCUUCUAUUUUAGAACAUUGACUCAUACACACAGGACUUGUACUUCAGCUACGGUGCUAUUGUUUCAAGACAAGUCCAUUCAUCUGAAUGAUAUUAAUGACUGCUCUUGGUAAUUAGUUCUGUAUGUAAAUUGGAUGAAUAUUUUACUGUGUGAAUUUCAUUUAGUGAAUGACAGUAAGAGGUAUGCAGAUUGGUUGUGUCCCAAAUUGAGCCCUAGACCCUACCCUAUUUGAUAGGAUCAUGUAAGCUUAAUUAUUGUAACAGCAGCUCCACUAUGCCGUUUGAUAGGCUAGGUGGAAUUAUCGCCAUAUUGCUAACUCAAAUCCUGUCAGAUCAACGCAAUAGCCUAUUGGUUAAUCGGGACAAGGGGUCGCAGUUGUAAAUGAGAACUUGUUCUCAACUGGCUUACCUGGUUAAAUAAAGGUGAAAUAAAAAAAUAAAAAAAACAGAGGAUUGGGUGAUAAACACAGUGUCUCUAUAUCACCAUCUUCUCUUCCUCCCCCUAGGUACCAGCUGAAUAAGAUGGUGAUGGACACAGAGGCUGGCCCCUACAGAAACCGCACAGUGCUCUUCCUGGGCUCCAGCCGGGGGACCAUCCUCAAGUUCCUGAUCGUCCCCAACCGGGACAACACCGUGUCCAGCAGCAAUGUCUUCCUGGAGGAGCUGGAGGGCUUCAUCCCUGACAAGUAAGGGUUAACAGACAGUCUCUAAUGGGUGCUAUUGGGAUAGUCUUACUAAUCAUCUCUAAGUGUUUCACUGUAACACAUGCAUGGGACCGCAGGGGGGGUAGGAAGCAAACAGAUGGGGUAUUAGUUGGUUAUCUUUCACUGAGCCCAAUUAGAAACGUUUAAGCAAGAGUCUCCUAACCAGAGCUAUGGCGGCGGCACUGCUAAUUGUGCCCCCUGAUCUAUUCUCUGCACAGACUGAGGGGAAAACUGGGCUCAUUUAUUAAGAAACACUGUAGCGCAGCAGCACAAACCUUGUUGGCAGGUGAAAGGAGGUUAAAACCGUUACUUCGCCACCCUUCAAAACAAUGCAUUCAUGUAGGCGUCAAUGUGAGGUUCCAUUCCACAAACGACUAAAUGGGGAGCAGAGGAAUCAGAUCAGAGGACAAAUUAGUUAAGGCUGCAGCAAUAGCGGCGGUGGUGCCGGUGUGUGAGUGUGUUUGAGGGUGAUUUGCUGUGCUGUGAUAGUGGUGUGGCUGUGAGCCUGGUAUAGGGGUGUGUGACAGGGUUGGCAGUCCCCCUCUCAGCAGGGAGCCAGCUAAUCUGGAGAGAGGGAAUGGAGUAAUCAGAUCAGCCUUCUCCCAGCCUGCCCUUCCUUAACCCCAGACGAACUCCCCUAAUGGUCCCAGGGUAGAUAGACAACCACCGCCACCAUCGCAGAUAGAGAUCCACAAAGCCCAAAUUGUUUUUUGAUUGGCUGUCUGACAUAAUGAUUAUAUUUUAUAUUUUCGACCUGGUAAUGAACCAUGAAAUGACCCGGGGAAAACGGAGAGAUUAAUGGGCCACACUUUCAUUAUUUCUCUACCUGUUUGCGUUUUACUUCUUUCGUUUACUUGUUUAGUCGGUCUUUCUCUCUCUCCGUCUCUCGCUCGCUCUUAUCCCUCCCCAUCUCGCUCUCUCUCCUUCCAUCAGUCUGGUUUCUCAGAUAGUUUGUUUGCUGUGAGGUAUGACUAACAACUCGGUACUGUAGUGUGUGAUAAAUUCCCCCUAAUGACUCCUCAGCUGUCAGCCAUCUUUAUUACCAUAAGCCAUCCAAAUAAGCCAAUGCAGGAGUGCACAUAUGUAUAUAAAUAUAUAUAAAUCCAGCCUACAAAGGCAGGUGUGUGGAUGAUAUGGAAGUGCUAAGUACCAAUUAGAGCUAAUGCAGGGUGUAGCUGGUGGCUUUGAUGCCCAUCCAACCCCAGACCUCAGUCAUCAGCACACUACAUACUAAAGAUGACACUGUGACAACCAGGCAUUGCCAUGCUUCAGAAGGCCUUUUACUGCUUUCAUUGUUAUUGUUGUGCUUUUAUUUAUAGACUGGUUUGAGUUAUACUUAAUGAAGCAGUGAUGGGUUGUGUUGAUAUGAUGUGCAGUGAGAUCAUGUAGAGUUGUGUUGUGUUCAGUCAGUGUGUGAUAUGAUAAGGUCAUCAUGGUGUGGUGCGGUUUAGCCGACUGUGUGUAGUGCAAUAAGGCAACUGUCUCACUGUCUGUGUGUGUGUAUGUGUUUUCAGGUGUGGGGAGGACUCUUCGCAGGCAAGGCAGUUGUUAUCCCUGACUCUGGACUGGGAGAGCCAGUCUCUGCUGCUGGCCUUCCCCUCUUGUGUGGUCAGGGUCCCUGUGGCACGAUGCCAGCUCUACUCACGCUGCAUGAAGUAAGUCACACACCUUUCAGCUCCACACACCCCACACCUCAGCUCCACACACCCAUCACACACACCCCUCUCCCACUCCUCUGUGGCCCACACACACCUCUCAGCCACAUACAGUAUAUCUGUAACACAUCUUAAGCCCCACCCACUAGCAAUCACUACAAUCACACCUUUAGUCAGGACCUAAACCAUCUGCCAACUUGUAAAGCCUACCCUCAGUACACCUAAAUACCACAUCCCCAAGUGCUCUUCGACAGAUCAGUAAAUCCAAAAUACCACAACACUAGGAAACAUUACAUUACUUCUAUUCGUCACAGUAGUUCAACACACACACACACACACGUACGUACACACGUACACACGUACACACACGCACACACGUCUUACUCUCUUGCUCUUUGGCCUUGCUGACGAUCCACCACUGAGUCUUAUUGCCUUGAUGCCAGCAGACUCUAGACCUACUGAGGCGUGACAUACAGUAACCCAUAUGCCAAAUGUGUAAUGUGCUCAAUGAACCCAGGGAAUCAUACAUGUGUAUAAUCCCUGCAUAUUGGGAGUGGAUCCAUGGUGUCUGUCUGCCCUGGGUGGUGCAUCACUAAAGACUGUGUUUACUCUGUUUAUCUCCAGGAACUGCAUCGCCUCCAGGGACCCCUACUGUGGCUGGACCAGAGGAAGCACCUGCUCCUUCCUCAGGCCCGGGACCAGGUGAGGCACUGGGGGGGAACGAGGGCAUAGCACUGGCCUCAGUCUGGUUCUAUGUCUGGUCCCUGUCUGCUAUCGACCUGCCCGUGUCUGGCCUGUACCUUUUGUCUUGUUUCUGUCUGGCAUCCGUUUGACCUCUGUCGUACCUAUACCUGCUCUCUGUCGGGUUUGUAUCUGGUCUCUGUCUGGUUCUCUGUCUAGUCGAUACCUGGACCACCUGGGUUGCUGUGACACUCUCUAUUUAUACUGAGUGUUAGGCCUAAGCUCUGACAGAGCAUACAGUUUAUAAGCCUGCAGCACAAGCUGUGGCUGCGCAAAAAUGUCUUCAUUUAGUUUUGCUAUCCUGUCAGAGCAAGCUGUGUACAUUUAUUCAUCCAGGAAAUCUGUUAUUGCCAUUGUGGUUCACAACAAUGCUGCAUUCUUCAACACAGCUUGAUAUUCAGAGCUGGGUGUACGUCUUUGUCAGGGUUGUGUUGCUCUUGUACGCCUGCCACAGAAAGAUUCCUGCCUGUCUUGGCAGCUCACCUCUUGUUCUGGGCUGUAAACCCUCCCACUCCCUCCCGCUCCCCCCGCUCUGCCUCACGUCCACCCAGCCCAGUGAAAUCAAAUCUCUCUUUAGAGAGGCUGCUUAUUGAAUUAUGUGUGCAAACACAGGUAGAGUGCCAGCAGUAUCAGACAACAGAGUCUUAAAGAGCACCUUGCGGCCUCACCGUUAUACAAUUAAGGCUCCUGUGUUGUGAUUUGAUUUAGCAAGGGUGGUCAACCUGUCCAUCGAUCCUGUAUCAAGUGAUGCCCCAGUUCCAGUUUCAGGGUAAAUUCCAUUUGGAAAAGUGAAAAUGAUGCUGGGUGAUGAAAAAACGUGCAGUUGUUUGCAAUGUAAGACUGUAACAUGGACUAUAUUGGAACGAAGAUAAUGAUGUUCCUUACUGAUUAGUCUAUGUGUUGAUAUUGUUUUAUUACUGUAGGUAUUUUGUGUCUGUUUAUCAGCCUUCAUAUUGCUUUCAGUUAUAACUGUACCUGUAAUCUGGUCUCCUUUAGACUCGGGGACAAUGAAUCCUUAAACUUAUUCACAUUCUCACCAUUGAGGUUAUUGUGACAAAACAUUGCCUUCUUACCCAGCUACUCUAAAGAUUACAGCCUGCAGCCUGAUUUUACCCAACACAAUAUACCCUAUCAGGGUGAGCAAUAUAUUCAAAAUAACCCUCCAACUACUCCAGUGUAAACUUACUUCUCAAAGUUACUCUCAGGCAGUGAAACACUCAGUUGGCCUGCUUGUUGCUUGGGCCUUUUCAACUAAUUGCAGAUCGUAGAGCAGGAGACACAUCCCAGUGAGCUGUCUGUGGCUGUGGCUGUGCAGCCUGCCCUCUAGCCUUGAGCACUUCCCUUGUUUAAAUUACCUCAUUGAACGGGGGCCAUUUUGAAGCACAAACUGCUGUAAUUUCUCCUCGUUAGAGGGCCUUUAUGGUAUACAUUCACUGUCUAGAAUAACUAGCUGAUGUUUCUGUGGAUAUGGGCCAUGACUAAGAGUGGCCUGCUGUCUCCAGGGGAGUACAAUGCACCUGGUCGGGUCUCGCUGCCGUUGGAACUCACCCAUUUUCAUUUCCUUUUUAUUUUGUCGCUUCAUCAUAUAAUGUCAAAGCCCCCUUUGAUUUUCCAAGGUCUCCUAUUACAAAAGUAGAAAUGGUAAAUUAUUUUUUAAGUACAAACUGAAAGAUCAAAUCCAGACCUGCUUUCAGAGGUGAGGAUAUACAGUACAGUAUUAUUACUCUCAACUCCACACAAAAAAAGUAUUCCUGUCCUUUGCUGGUACAAUUGAUAGUGUUUUGUUUACCAGAGAAAAGCAGAGGUUUCUGUCAGUGACGAAAGCUUACAGUAUGUAUUGUUUAUGUGUGAAUUGAUAAAUGACUGUCUUUCCCCUCUUCCAGACUGCCGUUCGAGCAAGACAUAGAACAAGGGAACGUGUCCCACUUGGGCGACUGUGACGGUAAGAGAAGUGUUUCUGUCUGUUUAUUACCAUCCUCUAAUGUUGAGCUGUAUUUGUGUUGAUUUGGUGUUUCUUACAUAACUGCCACCUCUAGGGUAGAACAUCAUACACUACAUUUUACAUUAAGUUAUUUAGCAGAUACUCUUAUCCAGAGCGACUUACCGGAGCAAUUAGGGUAAAGUGCCUUGCUCAAGGGCACCUCGGCAGAUUUCUCACCUAGUCAUCGCUGGGAUUCGAACUAGUGACCUUUCUGCCCAGCGUUCUUAAACUCUAGGCUACCUGCCGCUAAGACUGCUGCCUAGCUCCAUGUCAUCAUUAAUCAAUCAAUGAAUCAAUCAAAUGUAUUUUAUAAAUCCCUUAUUACAUCAGCAGUUGUCAUAAGGUGCUAUACAAACCCAGCCUAUAACCCCAAAGAGCAAGCAAUGCAGAUGUAGAAAUCCCCAUGUAUGUUUUACCCAUAUUUGUUUUCUUCUAUGUUUAUUCUAUCUUUUGACAAUGUUUAGAAGCUCUAUUUUUGCCCUUCCCUAGCUUUGCUUUGUAGUUUUUUCUACUUCUGGCUAAUUAUUAUUCAUCUCUGGGUAGACUCGCCUUGAUGUUUUCCUAGUUGUUUUCUGUUCGGAAAAUGACGGCGGCACAGCAAAGCAAAGUGAUCCCUCAGACAGAAAUCUCCUCGACUCCCUGGCUCUUUUGAUCCCACCGCUAAUUCUGAUGAGGCAUUCGUGCAAAUUAAUCCUCCGCCUCUUCAAGUUCUCCAAGUUCAUCUGCCAUGCACCUGGAGAGCCACACAGAUCAAUAUUACAUAACAGUUUAAUCCUGCUUCAGAGGGGCUAUUUGAAGCUGCUCCAUCACCCCUGGAGCCCUCUGCACCCCCCUGGACCCUGGUCUCUGUCUGUCUGGGGGUGCUGGGCCGGUGGCUUGUGACUCUUCCUCUAAGCUUGCUUGAACCUGUGUCGGUCAGAAUAGAUAAAGGUGCAUUAGCCUCAGCGCCCAGCAUUUCUUUGAGGAUGUGGCCAGGAUUCUCCCAUCUGAUCUGUCUUAGAUAAUGGUUCUGAUACUGACAUGACAAACGAGUGGCGGUCCUGACCUCUGCUGACAGAGGUGCUGUUGGUUGUCACAAGAUGAAUGGUGCUGAAUAGCCCUGUGUACGCAUGCCAAAAGGGUGUGCCAGCAUCAUAUCAGCUGCCAGAAUCAUUAAGCGCUGUGUCUUAGAUAGUGAUGAACACAUAGUUUCCCCAGUGUACAACACUCAGAUGGUCUACACAGAUCUCUGUAGCCAUCAACAUACUCAAUAGACAGUCUGAAGAAGACAAAAUGCUGCAAGUAGAAAACAGACCAGUUAUGACUUUCAUCAUUCACAGUGUUACUGUUUGAAACCUGUGAAUUGUCACAUCAGUCCAUCACACACACACACACACACACACACACACACACACACACACACACACACACACACACACACACACACACACACACACACACACACACAGGUGUGAGUCUGCAAAGCUCUGAGGUAGAUUAGACAGAAGGAUAUCAGCUGAGUCCAUAUACCUCUAUCUGACAUAUCCCACCUGUCUGAAUCUCCAGCAGGCAAAUAGAAGAGAGCCUGCCAUGCUCCCUCCGUCUCUCUAUGGGGUAAUGCAGCAUUCAUCACCCUCUCCCUCCCUCCUUCUCGCUCUCCCUGAGUGAGGGAGCAUAGCCAGGCUCUGCAGCUCCUCAGUGGUGCCACUGCACACAGCCGAAGCCACAGCCAAGCGCAAGCCAGACCCCACUCCCUCCCCCCAGUCCAGGCCUGUCGGCUGCCCACAGAGGGAGAUGGAUGGACGGCUCUGA